AUGGCUGAGGUCGAUACUAUACCGACGUUUGGUGCCGAAUUGAAGGACGGCUUCAAGCCUGCCAGCGCCUGGGUUGGGAAUGGCAUUGCUUGGCUUGACGACAUCCAGAGUUUCUACCGGGAGCGGAGCACCAUCGAGAAGGAGCACAGCGCAAAGCUUAACGCUCUGGCAAAGAAGUAUUUCGAGAAGAAGAACAAGAAAUCCACCAGCCUGAGCGUUGGUGACACUCCUGCUCUGACCCCGGGCUCCCUCGAGAAUGCCUCUCUGACGAUCUGGACGACCCACCUAACCACCCUCGAGUCGCUGGCUAGCGAGCACGAACGAUUUGCGAACGAGCUUAUCCAAAAGGUCGCCGACCCCCUCAAGGUCUUUUCCGUCCGGUUUGAGGAGCUGCGUAAGCGCCACGUCGACUACGCCACCAAAUUAGAGGCCGAACGCGAGUCUUCCUAUUCCGAGCUGCGCAAGACGAAGGCCAAGUACGAUGCGGUGUGCCAAGAGGUGGAGAGCAGGCGGAAGAAGACCGAGUCCUCCUUCGACAAGGCGAAGGCGCAGAGCCAUUACCAACAGCAGCUGCAGGACAUGAACAAUGUCAAGAACACGUACCUGAUAGCCAUCAGUGUUACCAACAAGCAGAAGGAGAAGUACUAUCACGAAUAUGUCCCCGAAGUGAUGGACAGUUUGCAAGACCUGUCGGAGUUCCGGACGCUGAAACUGAACGCAUUAUGGACCACGGCAACCAAUCUAGAGGCGACGAUGCUGCAGCAGAGCAACGGCCUCGUUGAUCGCCUGACCCAGGAGAUCACUCGAAAUCAGCCGCACCUGGACUCGAUGAUGUACAUACGGCAUAAUAUGAGCACGUGGCAGGAGCCCCUGGACAAGGUGUUUGAGCCGAGUCCCGUAUGGCACGACGACGACCUCAUGGUCACCAACGAACCGGCCAAGGUGUUCUUGCGCAAUGUGCUAAACAAAUCAAAGAGUCAAUUGGGGGAGCUUCGGCGCGAGGUCGACAAGAAGAGGAGGGAAAUCGACGGCGUUAAGCGCAUCAAGCAGAGGAUACGCGACGGCACCGAAAAUAAGGAUGAGGUAGUUGUCGUAUCACAAAUUUUUGCUAUGCAGGAAGACCUCCACCAAGUCGAUCGCCGACGCCUGACGGCCGAAGUCGAGACGUCCACCAUCACCUCGGCGGUGGGAGACGUCACGCUGGGAGCGAAAAAUCACAACUUCAAGUCGCAGACGUUCAAGAUACCGACGAAUUGCGACCUAUGCGGAGAGCGGAUAUGGGGGCUCUCGGCGAAGGGCUUCGACUGCCGAGACUGCGGAUACACGUGCCAUAGCAAAUGCGAGAUGAAAGUGCCCGCCGAGUGUCCCGGCGAGCUGUCAAAGGACGAACGCAAGAAGUACAAGGCGGAGCGACAGGCGGCAGCGGGUUCCCUGCUGAAAGCCCCCACCGGACCGCCCGAGCACGUUGCCGAAUUGCCCGCCUUGAGCCGGUCUGACACUCUAAACUCGCUGAGCUCCGGAUACGCGGCUAGUGCAAAUCGAUCUAUAAGCGGCUCGGCAGCAAGUCCACGACCCCCCAUCGAAGAACUACCAACACCAACGACGCCACCGGCAUCGGCACCACCGCCGGCAACAAAAGGAACCUCUCCACCCGAGCCCUCCGGCCCCCGGCCUACGGUAAGGAAGAGCCGCCUCGUUGCCCCGCCACCCGCCGCGUAUAUCAGCGAGCUACCCGGAGCCCCGGUUCCGACGCCGAAAGCUCCCGAGCAGAAGGGCAAGAUGCUCUAUACUUUCGGAGCAAGUGGCGACGGCGAAGUUUCCGUCCCCGAGGGCCGCGAUAUCACCAUCCUCGAACCCGACGACGGGUCAGGAUGGGUCAAGGUCCGGGCAGGCUAUAAAGAAGGAUUGGUGCCGGCAACCUACGUAGAGAUUACCACCGAGCCCAUCGCACCCCAGGACACAGGGUCCUCGCUCAACAACCGACCGGCUUCUACCUACUCGAACUCGGGUUCCUCUAUCGGCGCGAGCGGCGCCAAGAAGAAGGGCCCGGCUGUGGCGCCGCGCCGCGGUGCCAAAAAGUUGAGGUACGUUGUCGCACUGUACGACUACACGGCGCAGAGCGACACCGAGCACAGCAUCCGGGAGGGUGAGCGGUUCGUGCUGAUAAAGGAGGACCCGGGCGAUGGCUGGGCCGAGGUGGAAAAGGGGGGCGCGACCAAGAGCGUACCGGCAAGCUACGUGCAAAUCGCGACCGACUAA